UAUUUUUUAAUGCAGUUACAUUUAUAUGUUAGGUAUGCAGAUGAGAUGGGAUUGCCCCAACCUGUUGCACCACGUGGACGUGACAGCUUUCCACCAAUAUAUUUACCUGGAAGUGAAACCUUUCUAUCUGUCCAUAAGAAAUACAGCCAAGUAUGUCUUGAAACAGAAAACCGAUGCCUAUCUGAGACCACUUUCAGAAGAAUAUGGCACCAGUGUCUCCCACACAUCCAGUUCAUGUCCUGCAAGACAGAUGUAUGUCACAAAUGUGAAUCCUUUAGGAAUCGGAUACAGAAGGCCAUCACUGAGGCAGAUAAAAUGGAGGCCAGCACAGACUUUGCAGAACACAUUUCAUCAGCCCAAAAGUAGAGAGACCAUUAUCGACAAAAAUGUCAUGCUGCUAUUGCAGGUCUUCAUGGUCAUCCGAAGUCUACUGUUCCUGUUCCUCCAACAUCCAUGGACCUAAAAGAUGUCCACUACACAUUUGAGUAUGCUCAAAGUGUACUUUUGCCCAGUCAUUGCAGACAGGAAGGAGCUUUGUACUUCAGCUAAUCUAUUUGGUAUUUGCAAUGAUGGUCGGUCCCUGCAAACAAAUUAUUUGUUCGGCGAGGAUCACUCCAUUGGUCUGUAUGGUGCCCAGAGCCACUAGGCCAAUGCUGUUGUAUCUAUGUUGCACCACUUCUUUGAAUACCAUUGGGAAGAGAAAAAAAUGUGUACUUGAAUG